ACAAAUGCCGUUUGGUGCGCGUCAAUCGGGAGCGAGAAUCAAUUCCGUUGCUCCAUGCUCUAUCUAUCCAUACGUCGUGAAAGUUAACAGGAGAUAAGAAGAGUCCAGCUGAGGAGUAUUGUUUUUUCUUUCGUGAGGGGGCGCUGUCGUAGAGUGGACACUCAACAAAAAAAAAGGGGAAAACGUAUCAUCGCCUCCGUGACCUUCGUCGUCUAUCAAAAUGGGGUUAAGGUCAGUCUUGAAUCUUCUGCUGUUGUUUAUAUUAUUUUGGAGUGGUGUAUCAUCAGCUGAGAUUCGCAAACGACGUCAAACCUCCAACAGCUAUCCAGUUCCUUCAGCGGAAAAAAAGGCUUACCAACCACCUCUUCUGCUAAACGCUCCACCAGCUCCAGUGGCAGUAUCCGCUCCACAGCAGAACGCUUACCAGCCUCCCAUAUCUCUCAUGCGAUCUAACGAAUACCAAUCGCCGCUGAAUGCAGCUCCUUCCCAUUAUACUGCUAAUGCUCCCGCUGGACAACCCUCAAAUCAACACUCGACGUCGCAAGGCUAUGUGCUUCCCAAUCAACCUCCACCACCGUCUUACUCUGUUCAAUACACACCACCAGUUAAUUCGCAACAAUCGUUUUCCAUUUAUCAACAGCCUUCUGCCAAUUUACAGCAUAUUCCCCAAUCUGCAAGUUUAGCAACUUCUUAUUCUGUACAUCAGCAAAGUAGUCCUCGACAAAUCCUUAGUGAUUCCUCUGGAUUACCCCUGAGUACAGCAGAAAGAACGUAUAGCACGCAUUCGAAAGUAGUCGGAUCUUCUCAUGUACCUGUUCAAGCCAUACAUAAAGCACCAGCUUCAGAAAUUCAGUCUGAUAAAGAAACACUAGCGAAAGAAAAAGACAAUAAAAAUGACGAGUACGUUGUAUAUUAUUAUUACUAUUAUGACAAUGAUACUACUCCUAAUAAUAAUAAUCUUACUCUCAAUUUCGAUGAUAUUCCAUCCUUAGAAGCUUAUGAUAACGAUAAAAAUGCGAAAGAGCCAGAAAAAAGUGCUAGUGCAAGAACCUUAGCAGCCAACGUUAAUUCUAUACCUCCCAUUGCAGUUGAAGCAAAAAAAGAAAGCAUUCAGGGGGAAACAAGUUCAAGUCAACCAAGAUCUGCUUCCGGCAGUGAUCGCGAAGCUUAUAUACGUGCUGACAGACCAAAUGAUCCGCUUGAAGAAACAGUUGUGCAACCUCUUAAGCCUGUAUCCAAUGUAUUCCGAUAUGGCAGCAACGAAGUACCAAGAUUUCCUGUUUUACCUAAUUUCAUUAUUUCUGAAGUUACAACCACUACGAAACCAGGCGAAAGUAUAACUGUGAAUCCUUUGAUAUCCGAAUUUACAACUACUCAAGCAGCUCAGUUGAGUUCUCAGUUGCCUGAUGUGAAAUCUAAUGAAGAAACAGAGGAUGAUGAUGUAAAUAAUGUACUUGAUAACAAUACUGCCCUUAAAUCUAAUGAGGAUAAAAUACAAGAAGAAGAGCCACAGACCACAACAACAACUACUACUGAACCAACUACAACUACAGAAAUUACUACCACAACUACAACAGAAAAGCCUCGCAGACGGCCAUCUAUUGGCGGGGGCCGUCGCAGAUUCAAUCCGACUUCAUCAACAAAUAGGAAUCGAAGUCCUACAAGAAGCUCCUCAUCGACUUCAACGACAACUACAACGACGACAACGACUUCCACACCUCGAAGGUCCUUCGGGGGAAACCGAUUGAGACCACGCCCUCCCAUAGGUGGAAAUAGGCCACGAACAAACUCAAGGACAACUGAAGCUAGUGAUGACAAAACUGAAAGCCGAGCUCAAGAAUCAACCACAGCUUCUACCACUGCUUCAAGAUCCCGUUUUACAUCAGCAUCUCCUAGGAGGUUCCAAUCCAGCCGCUCGAGGUCUCAAACUAGCUCUACAACCAGCACCACCAGAUCACCCACUUCUCCAUCGACUCGUUCAAGGCCCACAAGCAGACCCAGACCUAACUUAAUUACAAGAAAUAGACCUCCACGUCCAGGAUUCUUGAGACCCAGACCCGGAAGUGAACCAGAAGAACCAGAAACAACGACCCCCGCAGUUGAGCCAACGGAAGAAGAGACAUCACCAUCAGGAACAAACGAAGAGGCAUCAUCUACUGAUAAUGAUGAAAAUGGAACUGAUGAAGAUGAUGAAACCUCAGAAGAGGAGACAGAAGAACCAACAACUACUGAAGGAAAUCGUUUUUCUGCAUUAUUCCGACCGCGUAAUAGAAACGCUCUUGGAAACAGACCCAGACCUGUUAUAGGAAACAGACCAUCUCGAUCCUGAACUCAAAAAGAAAUUAAUGAGAUUUAAAAAAUAAGCUAUCUUCGGCCAUUCAAGUAAUUUUUUGUAUACAUAAAUAAUUUUGUGGCCAUUUUUUUGUAUACACAAAUAAUAAUUCUUGAAUCCAUUAAUGUUUUCAUGCACAUAUGAUUCUCCAAUAUUUCAACAUGGACUGUAAAAGUAUAGUCUUCUAGACUAAAAACAUCAAAGACAUGAAUGGCCUAAGAAGUUCGCCAUAAAUAUUUAUAGUUUUAAAAAACAAGUAUAUCUAAUCUUAUAACAAUUAUAAACAAGUUUCUGAGAUUUUAUAUUUUCAUCCACUGCAAAACACAUAAAUGUGGAUUCUGUCAUCAGUAGAUGGAAAAAGGGAUUUGACUAGGGUAAAGAGAAGUUCAGAGGCAUCUUUUACAUUUGUUGCAUAUCAAGCAAUGUUUUAUAAUUAAGUGCGAAUUUCAGUGACAUUCUAUUGGUUUCUUACUUCGGAUUUUUAUGAAUUUCUUUUACAAUUACAUGUAUAGUAGUCAUGGUGCUCUAACAUGUUGGAGAAGUCAAGAAUGUGUGUUCACUUGUAGGUUGAAGAAGAAAAGUGAUAUCAGGAGAUUGGCGAAAUAUGCUGCCAAUCAAUGUGAUCUUUUUUGUGUAAGAGCUAACUCGAAAAAUUUUUUAAUAAAAAAUGCCAUGUAUAUAUUUUAAAAA